CUCUUACACGCAUUGAAAGGUCAUCAAAAUCGGCAUACAAGUUUUCGCAAACAUCCAGCCUUCAGUUCGAUUUUAGUCGCGCGAAAGUAAAAAUCCAACAUUCGGCCGAGAAAGGAAAUCAUGUCCACAAUAAAUUUACGCGAACUCGAUCCUACGCUACGUGAAUUGGCGCGCACGAAUUGUAAGGAAGACGCCAAUACUGUUGUCGAGCAAAUUCUCACCAUACAGGAAUGGAUUAAGAAGUCGCCACAUUUGAAGGCUUCCUCACAUCCCCAAUUGAUUUUGGCAUUCCUGCGUCGGUGCCGUUUCAGUUUGGAGGAGACAAAAAAACGCAUUGAUGAUUAUUACUCGCUGAAGAGCGCAUUCCCCGAUGUGUUGGGUGAGCGAGAUUUGACCGAUGAGCUAUUGGAGUUUUAUCGUUCCGGCAUUCACAUCAUACCAAAUAAACCGAUAGCACCGGAUGGAUCCGCCGUGAUGAUCUCACAAUAUUGCAAAAUCGAUUCGAAAAAAUCCAAUCCGCGAUUAGCUUUCAAAUUACUAUUUUUGCUGUUCGAAACAUUGGCCAUGGAGAACGAUAAUGCCAGCAUCGUGGGCCUGACAUACAUCAUAGACUGUCGUGAUGUGGGCGUUGAACUGAUGAUGCAGUUCGAUCCAUUUCUGUUGAAGAAAUGCUACACCGCAGCAGAGUAUUGUAUGCCCUUGAAAUUGAAUGAAGUUCAUGUGAUAAAUAUGCGUGGCGAAGGUGUGUCGGUGUUCAAAUUCAUAUCGUCUUUUAUGCCCAGCAGCCUGUCUUUUAAGUUCACAGCACAUAAAAAGGCCGAAGACCUCUUGGAACACAUACCACGCGAUGCGGUUACGGUUGAAUAUGGUGGCAGCAAUGGUUAUGUCACCGAGGCCAUAAAAACGUUCGAAGCGAAAUUGUUAAAAUAUAAGGAUCACUUCAAGGUGGAUAGUAGUUAUGGCACAAAUGAAAAGCUACGCAUCGGUAAUAGGAAGGAAUGGCAAAUGGGCGAGUUGAGUGGCGUGAGUGGCUCGUUUCGGAAAUUGGAAUUGGAUUAGUUUAUUGUAAUUAAAUAUAUAUAUAUAUGUUUUUCUACUUUUAAGUUCUCUUUUUAUUUAUUAGCUAAUUAAGUUAUGUACAUUUUUGAAAAUUAUUAUUAAAUCUAAUUUAAAUAAAUAACAAGUAAAAUUAACUAAGUUUCUGCGGCUUCCUUAUUAUAGGAAAGUAUAUAUGUAAAUAUUCGAGAAAUUCAAUUUUGUAUAAACACUGUAUCCUUUGUUAUUUUCCAUCGCUAAAUACUAAUGUUUUUAUUUAAAAAAAAAAUAUUACUAUAAUAUUUAGCUAAAUUACUAAAUUUUAGAUCAUCUAAAUCUAAGCUACCCAAAUUAAUUUAUGUAAUACAUAAUAUACAUUUAAAUAAAUAUAUAAAUGACGCUUUGUAACAGCUAUAAACGAUUUUCAUUCAAACUCUUCUUCCAGUUUGUGGUUUUGCGUCUUGAUAUUUUUUCCAACGAUAUGGAGGGACCUGCUGUUUAUCCUAAGCCGGCUCCGAAUAGACGGUGAAUUUUGCAGAGAAGCUGCUAUUUCAAGUCAGAAAUACACUCGAAGGCCUUGACAUUCCCUGCUGUGAGAGCGCGCUAAUAUGGCUUUUGUAUUUUGUCACGUGCAAGUAUCUUCUCAAGGAAUUUUCACAAAGAGAGAUGAAACUGCAAACUGCCGUAAAGCCCGCUCAAAAUGGUAUACGAAGAGAUCACGAGCUAUGCACUCCUUAAAACGGGAACAUGUCCAAAGUAUCAAGAGUAUUGACAGCUCACUAUUUAAUAGAACGGAAUGCAGAGUGACUAGGCGUGUCUAUAGAAGAUGCUACAGAAACUGCAAGCAUGAAGCAUGAAGAGUGGGAGACGUUCAGGCAUAUCUUAUGCGAUUCUCCUGCUUUGGGACAGUGCUAGGUUUCGGUAUUUUGGCACCUCACUGCUUGGUUCUAGUCAUGAAUAUAGUGAGGUUCUCGUUUGAAUAACGAAGCCUUAACCAAAAUCUUGUGACAACCCAAUGGGUCUUGGUGUUACCAAUGCGUCGGAUCGGUAACCCCCACAACAGAGCUUAAUUUAAUUUUGAAAUUAAUUUCUCUAAUUGCGAUUGCUCCUUAGCGGCUCUCAAACUCUCCGCGUGUAUUUCUGACGAGAAAUAAAAUGUUGCUAAUAGAAAUUCAACCGUCGUGCGGUGCCGGCUUAGUAUCAAAACUGUUGGCCACUCCAUUUUGUUCGAAAAUCAUCAAGAAAAUCGUUUUAGCCGCUAUAAGGCGCCAAAUAAAAAGUAUACAUUAUUUUCUUUACACAUUAAUUAUGCUCUAAGCUACAUAUUUCUAUAUUUAACAUAUACUUUUGUAUUUUUAGAGUGACCAGACUGUUUUAACAGACCAAUAAGUUAUUCUAUCUUAGCAAUUUGCAAAAUUUAGAAAUAAUCAAAUAUCUAUAGUCUCAAAAUGUAAAGGGUGUUUUUUAGUCAUGUGGUUUUUAAGAGGAAAUAAAAGGCAUAUAAGUUAAUGUUAUUGCUAAGAGUGAGCUUUAUUUUAAAGGUAGGUAUUUGCCAUAAUGUUGUGAAACUAAUUUCACGCAAGUGACCACCGCGGUGUAAUUUCCGAUCACUUUUUGCAGCAAUUAAUAUGACCCCAAUAACUUGCUCUCUCCCUCUCUUUAUUCCCUUCGAAGGAGUCAAUCGUCUUAGCCGAUAUCAUAUAUCCACACAAAGCGGUAUUAAAUCACAAGUUUCUGGAGGUCCCACCAUAGACCCACGGCGCGAAAAAUAGCUCACCACAAGUUUUCAUCCUUUAAUAUAUUGCUUCUUGGGCUGUAGGGCAUGUAGCGCCGUCAUACUGGAACCAAAGGACUUCCAUUAUGGAUCAAUGAUUCAUUCCCUCUGCCCAUGGGGCACACUAAAGGGAUGUUGGGGCGUCUCAAUAAUGACUUGUGCACUCUGACAAUGUGGCAAUUUUGGUUUUUAACGUAACAAUUCAACUAAAAGUGAGCUUUAUAGCUGAGCAAAAUUUUCUUGUGAAAAUCGGGAUUAAUAGCCCUAUCUAGUUUUGAACCCAUUUAACCUGCGUAUGACGUGUCUGAUGGUCGUUCGGCUUCAAUACUUGCACGAAAGGGUUGUUAUAAAAUUUCCCAUAAAAUUGAUGGGCUCAGCUUCAAUUGUUGCGCGUGAUGGCGGAUGGACUCAUUCGCGUCUUAUUCAAUAAUCUGUUCCACGGAAGAUAAAGCAUAUACGGUGCGCACUGUAUGGCGUCUCUGAGAAUGCACCUUAUUCAUUAGAGUAAACGCGGUGCUCAACCGUCCAUAGUUGCUUGAGUUACCAACUCUGCUGUAAGAUUUUCUCAACCGAAAUAGCCGAGCCCAUAUUUUGUUACUCGGCGGGUUAGGGGUUCUUUAUCCGCGGUAAGGCAUGCCUGUCGUAAGA